GAUCCCAUUAACUCUGGGCUGGACAUCCAUAAAUCAUCUGCCCUGUAAUGGCUCUGUGUGUGUGUGUGUGUGUGGGGAUGGGAACAGAAUCAGGGCGGGCAAUAUAGAAACUGUCCUUCAUGGCGUCAGUGGUAGCCUGGGUCAAAUCAGAGGAAACCAAAGCAUUUGGAUCACCAGCGCACAUCAACACACACACACACACACCGUAUAUGCCCUACCCACUGGAGGCAGGCAUUGGCCAGAUGAUGUGAUGCAGGGUGUGGAUGACCUUGUGUUGUGGUGGUGUGCGACCUUGUGUUGUGGUGUGUGUGACCUUGUGUGUGAGCGCAUCUGUUGGUGUGGUCUCUCGCAGGUGCACCAGUACUACAGCUCCCUGCCAGAGGAUAAGGUGCCCUACGUGAACAGCCCCGGAGAGAAGUACCGCAUCAAGCAGCUGCUGACCAGCUACCCCCCACACGACAAUGAGGCGCGCUACUGCAACUCCCUGGACGACGAGGAAAAGCGCGAGCUCAAGCUCUUCAGCGGCCAGCGCAAGCGCGAGAAUCUGGGUCGCGGAAACGUGAGACCCUUCCCUGUGACAAUGACUGGGGCCAUCUGUGAGCAGUGCGGUGGGCAGAUAACCGGUGGUGACAUUGCGGUGUUUGCGUCGCGGGCAGGACACGGCGUGUGCUGGCACCCGCGCUGCUUCGUGUGCAGCAUGUGCGACGAGCUGCUGGUGGACCUCAUCUACUUCCACCAGGACGGCAAGAUCUACUGCGGCCGCCACCACGCAGAGAGACUCAAGCCCCGAUGCUCUGCCUGCGACGAGAUCAUUUUCGCGGACGAGUGCACGGAGGCGGAGGGUCGCCACUGGCACAUGAAGCACUUCUGCUGCUUCGAGUGCGAGACGGUGCUGGGCGGACAGCGCUACAUCAUGAAGGAGGGUCGCCCUUACUGCUGCGGCUGCUUCGAGUCCCUCUACGCCGAGUACUGCGACUCCUGCGGGGAGCACAUCGGUAUUGACCAGGGCCAGAUGACCUAUGAUGGUCAGCACUGGCACGCCACUGAGGCGUGUUUCUGCUGCGCCCGCUGUAAGAAGUCCCUCCUGGGCCGGCCCUUCCUGCCAAAGCAGGGUCAGAUCUUCUGCUCUCGGGCCUGCAGCGUGGGCGAGGACCCCAACGGCUCCGACUCCUCCGACUCGGCCUUCCAGAGCGCCCGCUCACGGGAGUCCCGUCGCUGUGCCAAGGCAGGCAAGAACGGGAACGUCCACGCGACCAACGGACAUGCCAACGGCGUAGGACAGGACCAGCAGGGGCGCUUCUCGGCAGACGUGGACCCGCUGUCCCUGCAGAUGGACCUGCUGAGCCUGUCCAGCCAGACGCCCAGUCUGACGCGGGAGCCACCCAGCUGGAAGGGUCAUGGUGAGGCGUACCCGUACGAGAGCCGCGCCAACACCACCCCCAGCCCCCUGCAGCUGCUUAGCCAGUGCAACAUCAGGACGAGCUACAACCCCACGCCCACCUCAGGAAAAGCUGGUGAACAGCGGGCAAAGGACCCUGGCCACCUGAACAAGAGACCCCCCAUAUCGGCCCUCAAAGGGCACUCCUUCAACGAGAACUGGUACAGCGGACCAGACGACUACUCCCCGCCAAAGUUGAAAACGCAGUCCAGCUUCAACGAUGUGUCCCAUAAUGGCUUCUCAGAGAAGCGCUCGGUCAGCCUACACGUGUUCCAGAGGGACCGGGACCUGGACACUCAGGGAGGACGGAGCAGGAACCCGAUCAGUGCACUUAGUUUUACCGAGCAACUCACACCUCUUGAGCAAACUCCAAGAGGCUCCAUGGAGUCAUUAGCCUUGUCUAAUGCCACAGGGACAUCAGCCGAUGGAGGUGGCAAGCGUCAGGAGCAACUGUCUCGCUUCUCCAUGCCUGACCUCAGCAAAGACUCAGGCAUGAACGUGUCGGAGAAGAGCAACAUGGGCACGCUCAACUCCUCGGUACAGUUUCGCAGCUCCGAGUCGCUGCGCAGCCUGACCUCGGUGCAGCCCUACAUGGAGAUGGACGUCCCCGUGGCGGUCAAGUACCCGCUGCAGUACCACCACCAGCCCUCGGUCGUGAGCGCCCUGCCGCCCGGCUUCGCCUACCAGGAAGAGGACCGGCUAAGUUUGGUGAGCAAUGCCAACAGCGCCCGUUUGCCCGCCAUGAGUGACCGGGAGCGCGGAAUACGAGGGGGACGAGGUAACGGCCCAGUGGAGGAGCCAAGACGCCGGCACCACCAUCACCACCGGCGAUCCAGGCGCUCACGGCGCUCCCGCUCGGAGAACGCCCUCAACCUGGCCGCCGAUCGCCGGGUGCCUGCACACGAACGGCCACAGCGGCGCGUGUGCGAGGACUAUGACCGCUUCCCCCCACCGCGAGGCCAGCAGGACGCCCUGGGCGGCAGAGGAGGAGGAGGAGGAGGGGGCAGCCAUUUCCGGCAGCAGCCCUUCCGGCAGUGCCCUCGGACCACCUCGGACCUGACGCUCCAGAACGCGGCUGCGCUGCGGCCGAGGGGCCUGCGCCUUGGCUGGGACGACUACGAGGACUACGCCGACGAGGACGACUGGUGCUCCACGUGCUCCUCCUCGUCCGAGUCGGACGACGAGGGCUUCUUCCUGGGCGAGCCCAUCCCGCGGCCCAUGCAGCUGCGCUACAUGACCAGCGAGGAGCUCCUACAGAAGUACAGCUCCGGAGGACUGGCUGGCCCUGGACAGAUCGGCAGCCGAGGGCAGCUGCACACGCGCAAGCGCAGGAAAAGCAAGAACUGCAUCAUCUCCUAACUGAAGCCACGCAGGGUAGUGACCAGGUCACACUCGUUGUAGCUUAUCCAUCUACCCCUGAAAAGAAGAAAAUAAAACACUUGCACAAAAGCAUUUUCAACUCUGUUUAAAAAAGAGACACCACUCAAAAACACGUUUUAAGUAUUGUGAGAUAACAGUGAGUGAGUCACAGUAGGUUAAUCCGUCGACAUCACAAAUGUUUUGCAUGUUUGCUUUUUUCUUCUGUUUCUGGUUUGAUAUUACAAUGUCAUUACUGAGUAUUAUAUUUCAAACAGCUUCUACUGCAUUUUGAAGGUCUGCUAUGCCAUCAUAUUGUACUUAUCAAAAGCCAAUGUGCAAUGGUUCUAAAUGUCUUUUAUCCGCCUUCGUAACAGUCCUGUAUGGUUCAGCUUAUUCCUGCAAUGUGGAUUUCUUAAGUAUCAUUUUAGGCUAUUAUAAGGUGUAUAUAAAUGAAUUAAUGAAUUCACUAAGUUAAGGAUGUAAUGUAAAUACAUUGUAAAUGAUGUACCACAAAUUUUAUAUUUUGUAUUGAUAGAAUUGUUUAUGUAUUAUAUAUAAUGUAGAAAUAGAAAAGCAUGCACAUUAAUUUGCUGAUUUUUGUCCUGCGUU